AUGAGUAAUUUGUCUGGAGCUUCGACUGGGUCGACAAAUAGCCGUUGGAAGGGAAGGGUUGUCGGAGUGCCGAAAAAAAGAUGUUGGUGUGGGGAGCAAAUCAUACAGCUUAUCUCGAGAUCGGAGACAAAUCCUUACAGGAGGUACUAUCGUUGUGGUUAUGUUGUGGCUACAAAGUGGGUUGAUGAGGGUCACUUAAACGAGAUUGAGAUGCUGAAGGAUAAAAUAUCAAAGAUUGAGGAAAAGUUGGAAGAGGCUACAACUGAGAGUAAGGGUUGUGAGAUAAUCGAAUCAUCAUCUAGCAUGAAGAAAAUGGUGAUUACUGCAGUGGUAGGGUGCGUUUUCAUUGUGGGAGUCAGUAGACUUGUAGGUUGA